CUCGCGAGGAAGCUAGAGGAGCUGUGGGAGAGCCCAGCACAGGGGCACGAGACGGGGCAGCUCUGCCGGCUCGGGGGCUCGCGGGGGUUGCAAAUAAAGCGCCGAUGCAUCCCGUGCAUUGGGGCUUUCUGGAAACACUAGAUUGGUAGUUGGCUCCCCUCCGGCCGUGGCAGCCAGCCGGCCGAGUGCAUGAAUAAAUGCGGUGGGGCUUUUAAAAUUGAAAUAUUAAUUUGUGGCUCUAAAUGCAUUAGGCUUAUUUUUUUUUGGCAAGCCGUUGAUUUGUUUUGUUAAACGCGCUUUACUUUUUUUUUAAGUGCAAGCAGUAGCGUGGGUGUAUUAAAUGCUUUUCUUUGCGAUCAGCUUUGUUCCCUUAAAUGAAUAGUUAUUUUGCUUUUUUUUGGUAGGCAGCAGAUCUGGUGCAUUACAUUUAUUUUUAAACAGCUGAUGCUGUUUUAGAUUGAAAUACCAGGUUUGAUCCUACUUGUGGGCAUGACCCAUUAUGCACAAGGAUGGAUUCUGUUGUUGCCCUUGUGUGGGGGGAUAGUAGCAGCUUGGUUUUAAAUCUCAGGAUAAUUUUCUGGGGUUGUUGGGGACUGUAUAUAGAAAAUAGACACCAAUAACAUUGGGAUUUUUUUUUCAAAAUAGAUAAGGAUUUCACUUAUUUUCCCUGCUGCCUUUAGGUUCGCCUUUUUUUUUUUAAAGAGCUGCUCAGGUUUUGUUGAGGUGGGAGGUUGGGGCGAUUAUUUUUUUUUUAGGGUUGUGAAAUUGCAGCAGUGUCUGUGUCCUCCUGUGUGAUCGAGCUGGGAAAAUGGAGGCUGUGAUAGAGAAGGAAUGUAGUGCGCUUGGAGGGCUCUUCCAGACCAUCAUAAGCGACAUGAAGGACUCUUCCCAGAAGGGCUGGGAAGUGAGGGUGCCAGGUGGAGGUAGUUCUCAGAGGGAAGUUAUCCAGUUUGGGAAGAUUUUAUAAACAAAGCUGGGAAACUGCAGUCUCAGCUAAGGACUACUGUAGUAGCAGCUGCUGCCUUUCUGGAUGCCUUUCAGAAAGUGGCUGACAUGGCUACUAACACACGUGGUGGUACCAGAGAAAUUGGGUCCGCCCUGACGAGAAUGUGCAUGAGACACAGAAGUAUAGAGUCCAAACUCAGGCAGUUUUCAAGUGCUUUAAUUGACUGUCUGAUAAACCCACUUCAAGAACAGAUGGAAGAGUGGAAGAAAGUGGCCAAUCAACUGGAUAAAGACCAUGCUAAAGAGUACAAAAAAGCCCGCCAAGAGAUAAAAAAGAAGUCAUCAGACACGCUGAAACUGCAGAAGAAAGCAAAGAAAGCUGAGGCUCUGGGGAGAGGAGACAUCCAGCCCCAGUUGGACAGUGCAUUACAAGAUGUCAAUGAUAAGUACCUGCUGCUUGAAGAAACUGAGAAGCAGGCUGUUAGAAAGGCCCUCAUUGAAGAACGCAGUCGCUUCUGUACUUUUAUCUCGAUGCUGCGGCCUGUGAUAGAAGAAGAAAUAUCAAUGCUAGGAGAAAUAACACAUCUACAAACCAUAUCAGAUGACCUGAAAAACCUCACUAUGGAUCCUCACAAAUUGCCAUCAUCAAGUGAACAGGUGAUUCUAGAUUUGAAAGGUUCUGAUUACAGCUGGUCAUAUCAAACUCCUCCAUCCUCCCCCAGUACCACCAUGUCCAGAAAAUCUAGCGUUUGCAGCAGUCUGAACAGCGUUAACAGUAGUGAUUCCCGGUCGAGUGGCUCACACUCUCACUCACCUAGCUCACACUAUCGCUAUCGCAGCUCCAAUCUGCCUCAGCAGGCGCCCAUGAGACUGUCCAGCGUGUCGUCCCACGAUUCUGGAUUCAUGUCCCAGGAUGCUUUCCAGUCCAAAUCGCCAUCCCCUAUGCCACCCGAAGCCCCUAACCAGAAUUCGUCCAGCUCUGCCUCUUCAGAAGCUUCUGAAACCUGCCAGUCAGUGAGCGAGUGCAGUUCCCCCACCUCAGUCAGCUCAGGCUCCACCAUGGGGGCUUGGGCCUCCACAGAUAAGUUGUCUAAUGGGUUUUAUCACUGUAGUUUAUCAAGUGACCCCUACCUAGCUUCAGUUGGUGCAGGUCCUUUCCCUCAUUUCCCGCCUGUCUCCCGCACAUGGACUCGGGCUUCCUCAACCCUCCUUCCAGACCGCGGUCAUUAUUACACCAUUGGGCCAGGCAUGUUAUCAUCAUCAUCUAAGAUCCCUAGCUGGAAGGAUUGGGCUAAACCAGGUCCAUAUGAUCAGCCUAUGGUGAACACCUUGCAACGCCGCAAAGAGAAACGUGAACCAGACCCUAAUGGAGGAGCCCCAAGUGGACCAUCUGUGCCCGCUGAGGAGGCCCAGAGACCUCGGAGUAUGACUGUGUCAGCUACCACAAGGCAGGGAGAGGAGAUAGAAGCAUGCGAGGAGCUAGCUCUAGCUCUGACAAGAGGUCUGCAGCUGGACACCCAGAGAAGCAGCAGAGAUUCCUUGCAGUGCUCCAGUGGCUACAGCACUCAGACUACCACACCAUGCUGUUCGGAGGACACUAUCCCAUCACAAGUUUCAGAUUAUGAUUAUUUCUCUGUGAAUGCUGAUCAGGAGACAGAGCAACAAGAAUUUGACAAAUCCUCAACCAUUCCAAGAAACAGUGACAUCACCCAGUCCUACCGCAGAAUGUUUCAGGCCAAGCGUCCUGCUUCUACUGCAGGCCUGCCAACGACGCUUGGACCUGUAAUAGUUACACCCGGUGUAGCAACCAUCAGACGGACCCCUUCCACCAAACCUUCAGUCAGACGAGGUACCAUAGGGGGGGGGCCUAUUCCAAUCAAAACUCCAGUAAUUCCUGUCAAAACACCAACUGUACCAGAUGUACUAGGGGGACUGCCGGGCAUCCUGGGUGGGGCGGAAGAAUGUGCUGAGCAGAGUCCUGAGUCUGAAUCAGUAGGCGACGGUGGGCAAGGAGUCACCAGUAUGCCCUCUUCCUUGUGGAGCGGGCAAGCAUCUGUCAACCCUCCACCACCAAGCCAGAAGCUGAAUACCCCAGAUGAGCAGAGACAAGCACUCCCUGAAAGCGAGGGAGAAGAAAGCGAAAGGGAUAACGCAAGCACCCUUGCACCCCCAUGCCAGCCAAAAUGUGACCCAGGAGCCCUGAGCCCUGCAGAUGCCCCGCAAGGCGAAGACAUGCUGAACGCCAUUCGCCGUGGUGUCAGACUGAAGAAAACUACCACAAAUGAUCGCUCGGCGCCUCGUAUUUUGUAGACAGGAGAGUGCUGCCAGAGUUCUAGUCACUGAGAAUGAACUGUGAUGGAACCUUAUUUGUCUCUAUCCAUUCCAAUCUAUAAUCAAAAGCUUUUGUAGGAAACUCAGUAAUAGACCGUUUUGAAGGUACUAUAAAGGGGAAAACAAGAUGAAAGCGCAUAGUAACAGACAUUUUCACUACUGUUUUAAUUUGUAAAUAUCAAUGAUUUUGUUUCUGCACAGUUUUGAUCUAAGACCCCCUUUUAAUUUUUUCUGAAGGUGCCAAAUCCCAUUUAACUUUUGUAUAACUCUUUGUAAAGUUUUAAAUACGCAUAAGGAAAAAAAAAGUUAAGUAGUUAACUUUGGCAAGGAGAUUUACGGCAUUUGGCUUUUUUGCAGGUUUUUGUAGAGCACCUUGUAAUCGUGAGGUUUAAAAAAUGAUACGUCUGUGUAUAAAUGAACCAGUAAGGAAUAGAUACUCAUUUAAGUAUAAUGAUUUUGUUUGUUUGAAAAGCAGGAAUAACAAUUGAUGAUAAAA